GAAAGAGGAGGAGGAGGAGGAGGAGGAGGAAGCACAGCUGGCGUUGGCACUGCAGCGCUCCAUGAAGGAGGAGGAGGAGGAGGAGGAGGAAGCACAGCUGGCAAUGGCGCUGCAGCGCUCUAUGGAGGAGAGGAAAGAGGAAGAGGAGGAGGAGGAGGAAGCACAGCUGGCGUUGGCGCUGCAGCGCUCUAUGAAGAACAGGAAAGAGGAAGAGGAGGAGGAGGAGGAGGAAGCACAGCUGGCAAUGGCACUGCAGCGCUCUAUGGAGGAGAGGAAAGAGGAAGAGGAGGAGGAGGAGGAAGCACAGCUGGCAAUGGCACUGCAGCGCUCUAUGGAGGAGAGGAAAGAGGAAGAGGAGGAGGAGGAGGAAGCACAGCUGGCAAUGGCACUGCAGCGCUCCAUGAAGGAGGAGGAUGAGGAUGAGGAGGAAGCACAGCUGGCGUUGGCACUGCAGCGCUCUAGGAAAGAGGAAGAGGAAGAGGAAGAGGAGGAGGAAGCACAGCUGGCACUGCAGUGCUUUAUGGAGGAGGAAGAGGAAGGGGAGGAGGAAGCACAGCUGGCACUGCAGUGCUCUAUGGAGGAGGAAGAGGAGGAGGAAGCACAGCCGGCACUGCAGUGCUCUAUGGAGGAGGAAGAGGAAGAGGAGGAGGAAGCACAGCUGGCACUGCAGUGCUCUAUAGAGGAGGAAGAGGAGGAGGAAGCACAGCUGGCACUGCAAUGCUCUAUAGAGGAGGAAGAGGAAGAGGAAGAGGAAGCACAGCCGGCACUGCAGUGCUCUAUGGAGGAGGAAGAGGAAGAGGAGGAGGAAGCACAGCUGGCACUGCAGCGCUCUAUGGAGGAGGAAGAGGAGGAGGAAGCACAGCUGGCACUGCAGUGCUCUAUGGAGGAGGAAGAGGAGGAGGAAGCACAGCUGGCACUGCAGUGCUCUAUGGAGGAGGAAGAGGAGGAGGAAGCACAGCUGGCACUGCAGUGCUCUAUGGAGGAGGAAGAGGAAGAGGAGGAGGAAGCACAGCUGGCACUGCAGUGCUCUAUGGAGGAGGAAGAGGAGGAGGAAGCACAGCUGGCACUGCAGUGCUCUAUGGAGGAGGAAGAGGAGGAGGAAGCACAGCUGGCACUGCAGUGCUCUAUGGAGGAGGAAGAGAAGGAGGAGGAAGCACAGCCGGCACCGCAGCGCCGCAGCGCAGUUUCCCUUCACCCCGACGGGGUGGCGGAGCUGCGGUUGUUGGCCGCGUCGCAGCGCGAUGCCGGAGCGGUGCUGGCUGCGCUGCAGCGGGCGCUGGAAGCAGAGCUGAGGACGGUGGAAGUGAUGGACGCGAGGCUGCCGGCGCUGCAGGACGGCUGCGUGGCGAUGUUGCGGCGGCGGCACGCGGUGCGGCUGCGCAUCCAGGGCUGCUGCGCCACGCUGAGAGGAUUUGGGGAGUUGGUCGGCGCUGCUGAGCGCGAGCUGAGGGAGCUGCUGAGCGAUGGGCGACUGGAGGCGCCUGUGGGGAGCGGCAGCGCUGCUCCCCAGGCCGUGUGCUGGGUGCGCUGGAUGCCCUGUGGCACCGCGGUGCCGUACGGCGCAGAGGACGCCGCGGUGCUGGAGGCCCUGUGGCAGCGCAGGGAGCGCCGGGUGCCGGCGGUGUUGGGUGGCCGCAGCGUCACCGUGGACCUGCAGCGCAUGGAGGAGCGCGACGCCGCCGGCACCACGGCGCUGCUGACCCGCAGCCUGGUGCCCCCUGCCUUGCGGCGGCUGCUCGGCCCGGAUGCGGUGGGUGCAGCGGAUGCGGUGCGGCUGCUGCCGUUGGCCGAGGGCAGCGCGGAGUUUGGCGACGCCGUGCGGCAUUUUUACGGCACCCUGCAGGAGCUGCGCGGCCGCAUCCACGUCGUCAGG